CAGUACCUUCCAUCUAUCGUAGUUGCUGAAACCUGGGAGGGGAGCAUGGCUUCAUCUGCCAGCGGGAUGGAGGAAGUGCGCUCCUCGGUCCUCACCCCUCUGAAGCUGGUGGGACUUGUGUGCAUCUUCCUGGCCCUGUGUCUGGACAUCGGAGCCGUUCUGAGCCCAGCCUGGGUGACGGCGGACAACCAGUACUACCUUUCCCUCUGGGAGUCUUGCAAGAAACUGGGCGCGUGGAAAUGUGAAAACACCCUGCAGAGCGAUUGGCAGAUUGCAACCCUCGCUUUGCUACUAGGUGGUGCAGCCAUCAUUCUCAUUGCAUUCCUUGUCGGUCUAAUUUCCAUAUGUGUGGGAUCUCGCCGGCGGUUCUACAGGCCUGUGGCAGUUAUGUUGUUUGCAGCAGUUGUUCUUCAGGUCUGUGGUCUUGUGCUAUAUCCAAUCAAGUUCAUUGAGACUGUCACUCUAAAGAUAUACCAUGAAUUCAACUGGGGAUAUGGAUUAGCGUGGGGUGCAACAAUAUUUUCAUUUGGAGGUGCCAUACUUUACUGCCUGAACCCCAAAAACUAUGAGGACUACUACUAGAUAUGUGAGGGGAAACAAAACAAUAGUUUACUCCAGUUUUUUUAUCACCCUUUUCUAGAAGACAUAUGGAGCAUCAAACAAUCUGCUCAGUUGAUUUCCCUUUGACUUUCGGCUGCCAAUAAUAUAACCAGCUUUACGUUCAUUCUAAGAAAAAAAAAACACUGCAGAAAAAAGAAAAAUUAGUCAACGGUACCAAUAACUCCAUAGAUAAUUGAUGCAAUCUGCUACAAUAUUAACUUGUUUCUUCAGCAGAAGUAACAAAACUACAAAAAGUGUAAUUAUAAACUGUAUAAUGAAAUUAGUAAUGAAAUGGAUGCCAACGUCCAGCAGGGAUUUCACAGAUGAAGAAUUCUUAAGAAAUUUACCCCAUGCCAGAUUGCUGGGUCAUCAUGUUACAGGACUGGGCCCUGAAGAAACAAGAUGCUGUGAAAUUACUCCUAGAAGAAUAAUAGCCAAUGGACAUGGUUGUUCACAUUAGAAUAAUUAACAGAAAUAGCUAAACACAACGUUUUUUUCCAGCAAGAAAGGCUAACUUAUCAGUAAACCACAGCUUGGCCACAUAUUUUGAACAUCUGUGGAAUAUGCUCAUCACUAGAGGCUAAAUAUUUACCUUUGCUUGAAAUA